GUUACACGGCGAUUUGUCAACGGCUCAAAGUUUGAUAAAUAUGGCGAUAUGCUUUUAGUAUGUGUCAACAAGAUCAUCUUUACUUGCAGUAUCAUAUAUUGUUUGAUUUUGUCGUAAUUGAUAUUGUUAAGCUAACUUUACGAAAUAUCUAUAUAAUUAUAUAUUGUAAACAACAGCCAGUGGUGAUACUGAUAGGACAUUUAACAAAACCAUAGGGCACUUUCACUUCGUUCUACAGCUCCCUAACUUUCAGGGUUCAUUCGUGUUUAUUUUCAUGGUAGUUUUAACGUUAGGUUUAUUUUGAACAUUGAAGACAACGACAACAUUAUUCACCAGGGCAGGAAGAGCUAACGUCGCGUCUUAGGGGCUGAAAAUUCACAGGCAUUACUUGUUCACUGUUGGUGAACAAACUGAGAUUUUCACAGUAUAAUGAAGAACACUCAAAAAUCCAGCACAAUGAAAAAAGAAAAUACAGCAACCAGUUCCUCAUCUAAAGGAUCUAAAACACCCUCUUCUGGUGGAAGUUACGGCACUGGACGUUCAAGUGAAACUCCUAGAGCUGGAGUAGAGAGGAGUGCAACAACAGGCUCUUUAGUUGGAAAUCGUAAAACCUCGUCUUCUCAGAAACAUAGCAAUAAAACACUUGCUGGUAGCCAGGACAGUUUGACAUCUUCGCAGGUCGCUCACACCAAAAGAAAGAUAUCCGUUCCAGUUAAAUCUUCCAGUCAGGCUGUUCUGGGGAGCCAGAAAGGGAAGGGUGAUACUGUUCCAAUUAAGUCAGUUAACAAAGAAAACAUCCAGACACCUAAUAGUGGACCAUCAGAGCAGAAAAGUAGCAACAGAAAGAUUCCUAGUGGGAACAUGCGUCGGGCAUUUAGCAAGGACAGCAUUGAUUCCAGUGGAAACAGAGAACGAGAAAAGGAAAAUCUAGGAGGAUCCCGACUCAAGAGUAAGAAGUCUAGCAUCGAAGUUACAGUCAGUCUUCUUGAGAAGGAGAAGAAUAAAUUAAAGCAUCAGGUAUCAGAACUUGUGCGAAACGCUGAGGGGAAAAAAGUGGAAAUAGCUGCAUUAAAGAUGGAAAAUAAGCGACUCAAGGAACAAAAUAAAGAAAUUAGAGACCAUCAUCUUUACCAAGAAACGGAGGCCCUUCAAGCAGAAAAUAGAUCUUUAAAGGAGCGUCUAGUGGAGAUGGGUGCCCCUCUUGAUCAGGUGACCUUGUCAGACAGUGAGAAGGAACAGCUUCUUCUGAGGAGGUCAGUCUCUGGAUCACUGGCCAGUUUAGAAGUUGAGAGUUUGAGAAAAGACGACAGUACAGUAGGUUCAGAUCAGACAAGUCCAGUUCCAGGAGCCUCUGAACAAGACACACUCAAAUCCAGAGGGGUAUGUAGUCCCGAUCAAGAGUCAGAAUCUGGAGAAGCUUCCGGAGUUACCCUUCCUCCUCCAGGACGUCCUUUGGCUGAGUGGGAUAAGAUGAGCAGUAGUAGCAUCAGCGAGAUGUCAUUAUCUUGCUUGCAGGAUCGUAUCAUGCAGAUGGAAGAAACACACUACAGCACCAGUGAAGAACUACAGGCCACCCUGCAGGAGCUGACUGAUCUACAGGAUCAGGUCACAGAACUCCAGCUGGAAAAUGAACAGAUGAGGAGUGAGAAAGCUGUAUUGCUCGAGUCACUGUGUUCCCAAACGGAGAAGCUUGAAGACUACCGAGAACAAGUGGAACAUUUCAAACCACUGCUUUUUAGGUUGUACGAAGAAGGUGCGGAAACUGCUCAGAGUGCUUCGGAGAGAGAGGAACACAUUUUGGUGCUUCUGAAGAAAACUCAUGCUCAAGUCGAAAGGUUGAUGGCAGAAAAAGAAGAACUGACAACGGCUCUCCAAGCAGCCAAAGAGGAAGCACAGGAGCAUCAGAGAGAAAGAGAGGUGCUUCAUGACCGACUUCGACUACUUAGUUCUACAGUAGAGAGUGUGAGAUCUGACAAACAGCUUCUGGACACGCAGCUCUCAGAAAGUCUGGAGCAGCUGGCGGCCAAACAAAUAGAAAUCGAUCAACUUAAGCUACAACUAGAAAGUCAGCAACAAAAAGUACGAGAGCUUCAUCGUGAAAGAGAUGCAAAUGCCACCUCCGAGCUUGAUGCCAUGCUAAGAGAGGCAAGAAAAGAUAAAGGAGAAGUAGAGGAGAAGGCAAUGAAGUUACAGGAACAGUUAGCUCUGAGUCAGAGAGAAACAGUGAGAGUAAAGGAACAACUAUUUCAGCUACAGGAAGAAACUAUGGUAAUAAAGAACAAUGCCAAGAAGGAAGUUUCUGACUUAAAGUACAAAGCAGAACAGUUAGAAGCCGAUAAAACAACAGUCCAGAAACGAUACGAUCAGGCAGAGUUGAAGUGCCAGCGCUACCUUGAGGAUAAACGCGAGUUAAAAACAACAAUCAGCGAACUGCAGAAGUCCUUAAAUGAAACCCAAAGCCAGUUGGAAGAGCUGAAGAAAAUGUUUGAUGAAACUAAGCACAAACAUGAAACAGAAACAGACGAAUGGAAACGGUUCCAGGAUGACCUGUUGACCACUGUCCGAGUGGCAAAUGACUUCAAGACUGAAGCUCAACGAGACAGAGAGAAAUUAGAGUCAGAGAACAAGAUGUUACAGGAAAAGACAGCUAAAUUAGAAGCUGAGAUGCAUAAGUUAAAGGCUAAGGAAGAUGGACACAUAUCGCCCCCUUCUCAGCAAAGAUCCAACUCAAUGCGAAGCAUAUCCAGUAAUAGUAGUCUUCCCGGUACCGAUGCAGCUGUUCUUACCUCGGUGGAGCGAGACUUGGCUGUUACACGGCGUCAGUUAGGUUCCGCCAAGUGGCAGGAUUAUCGCAAUGGCCCACAACUUUCAGUUCGUACCCUUAUUGAGUCUAUCGAGAGCGCUACUAAGCAAGCCAAAGGGCCAGGGAGCAGCCGCAGUUCUUCUACCAGUAGUCUCAACAGCAUUGCUUCUGAUAGCAGGCUUCCAGCUAAUUCUCUGAUUAUUGGAAACACUAGUGACAUCUUUGUAAAGCCUCCUCUUCGAUCAGUGGCAUCAGAUGCAACACUUAUGUGUGAUGGUAAGACUAAUGGUCAUACAGGUAGGUUACAGAAGAGUUCUUUUGUAGAGGGAACACCUAUCAUUCCCACAGAUUCUACAGGAAACACCUCGAGCAAAGUUUUGGGAGAAACUGAUACUUCAAAAUCUAGCAAUUCUCACCCUGUAUCCAUUCUGGCUAGUAAACUUGACCCUCUCAGGAGAAACAGCAGUUACAGUGAUUUAGCAGAGAAAAAGGACCCACUGUCAGCUUUAGUAAAAGGAGGAGGUUCCAAAAGGAAUGCACUCCUUAAAUGGUGCCAGAACAAGACCAUAGGGUACAAGAACAUUGACAUCACCAACUUCAGCAGUAGCUGGAAUGAUGGCCUUGCUUUUUGUGCUAUUCUACACACCUACCUACCUGAUUUAAUUCCUUAUAAUGAUCUGGAUAAUAAGGAUAAAAAAAGAAACUUCACCAUAGCUUUCAAGGCAGCUGAAUCUGUGGGAAUUUCUACAACACUGAACCUUAAUGAACUGAUCUCUUUAGAAAGGCCCGAUUGGCAGUCCAUCAUGGCAUAUGUUACGUCUCUGUACAAGCACUUUGAAACUUAGAAUUGUUAAUUACCUGUGCAAGCUGUGGGACCAAUCCUGAUGAAGAGUUUCUUGUGUUGGACUUCCUUACAACAAUGAAGACUUAAUUUUUUUGGAGUUGAAUAUGAAUGAUUUUUUUUUGUUUCAACUGCCAACUGCGUUCACCCACUGUUUUAAGUCCUUUUUUUUUUAUGUAUGUGUAUACUGACGUUUUCCAAGAUCAUCACAGUAAUGGAAAGUUUGAAACGUGUUAAGUGCCAUUUUAUUAAGGUGUUUAUGAUGAAAAAUAGUGUUACUGUUGCCCUUAAAACUUCUUUACUCUGUAAAAGAAACGGAGAAACAACAGUGUGAAAUCUGUUUACGUGAUAUAUGUAAGCACAGUUGAUACAAGUAUUGUGUAACUUCCUAGCAUGGAUGAGUUAUGAUACCCAAGGUACGGAUAGCAAAAUACGUGUGAAAAAUAGCUUUUUGUUAAUUUAAACGGUUCAUUAGAACAAACUUAAAAGGCAAAACUUAUCGAUAACUAAGAUUUGACCACAUAAAUAUAAUCUGGGCUAAACGUAUAAAGUGGGUGUUUGGAACUGAAAAGUGUAAGAUUUGUGAUAAGCUGUUGCCAGUGAUUAAAGCCUACUAAUUAGAGAAAUACGUACAUUUACCAUUCACUGGAUGAGUGUAAACUGCAGAUGUGGAUGUCCAAUAGUCAAAAAGUGGGUGACCUCACAAUGGUCAUUAAAGCUUAAACUGAUCAGUUUCCCAUCAUUCCUAGUCACAACACGGAUUUUUCUGUUCAGUUCUAUGGUUUUAGUUGAUUUCCCACUACAAGUUGACCUGGGGGGAGGUUAGAUGAAAGAGUCCAAAAAUAGGGUAACCGCUUGCUUGUUACUCGAGAGGAAGGAAAUCCCAAAUGUUAUAAAUUAAAACGUACAUGCAUGGCAUCAGUCUUGAGAAAAGUAUGGCUGCCCAAAACUACAGAUUUCUUUUUUAAAUUUAUCUUAUUGGUUUGUUACAUUACAAGCUGAAAUGUCCAUAAGUUGGUAAUGCCCUGAAGUUCAAGGGGGGGAAGUUGUUAUAUACAUAUGGUAGAGUAAGACACAACUAUUUAUUUUUGUUUCAAAAGGAAAUUGAUCAUUCAAGAAACAUCUUUUUUGGUAAAUAUAUAUGUUUUGGGGACUUGAUUGUCAGAUGUAAGCCGCGAUAAAUUAUGUCAUUGUUUCUUAGUUUGUAGAAUAUGUGAAAGUCUCCAGUACUUAGAAAUAUUGGGCAAGUCUAUACGUACAUAGGUGGAAUAUUUUCAUCCGUGAACUCUAUGUGGUCACUAGUGAUGGUAGUUCCGCGUGGUUGGUGUAUAUCGUGAUCAGUAUUACAUACCAGUAUUAU